AUGGAGAAAUCCUCGGGGCUCUGUUUUUCUAUGGCUCCCCUGUUUUUAGUCCUCGGCAUUGUUCUUCUUCCUCAGGCAUUUGCCAGCUAUGACUACGGCGAAGCUCUCAGUAAGAGCUUUCUGUUUUUCGAAGCUCAGAGAUCUGGCUACUUACCGAAAAACCAGCGAGUCAACUGGAGAGGCCAUUCAGGCCUAAAUGACGGAAAAGCUAGCGGGGUGGAUCUGGUCGGAGGGUACUAUGACGCCGGGGACAACGUGAAAUUCGGGCUGCCGAUGGCGUUCACUGUGACAAUGAUGUCCUGGAGCAUACUCGAAUACGGGAGGCAGAUGGCGGCCGGCGGCGAGCUUGGCCACGCCCUGGACGCCGUCAAGUGGGGCACUGACUAUUUCAUCAAAGCUCAUCCCCAACCUUAUGUGCUCUAUGGAGAGGUGGGGGACGGGAACACGGACCACUACUGUUGGCAGAGGCCGGAGGACAUGACCACCUCCCGAGUCGCUUACAAGAUCGACCCAAGCCACCCGGGCUCCGACCUCGCCGGCGAGACCGCCGCCGCCAUGGCCGCCGCUUCCAUCGUAUUCCGCCGCUACAACGCUCCCUACGCGGCGGAGCUCCUUAAACACGCCCUGCAGCUCUUCGAUUUCUCGGACAAGUACAGGGGCAAAUAUGACAAUAGCAUCACGGUUGCGCAGCAGUACUACCGAUCAGUCAGUGGAUACGCAGAUGAAUUAUUGUGGGCAGCUGCAUGGAUGUACAAGGCAACAAACAACGCGUACUACUUGAACUACCUUGGGAACAAUGGUGAUGCCCUUGGAGGAACUGGUUGGGCCAUGACUGAAUUUGGAUGGGAUGUCAAGUAUGCUGGUGUUCAAACUAUGGUGGCUCAGUUGUUGAUGGCGGGUAAAGCCGGUAGAAGGAAUACCGCAGUCUUCCAUAGGUACCAAGAAAAGGCUGAAUUUUUCAUGUGCUCGUGCCUCGGCAAAGGAACCCGCAAUGUCCAAAAGACCCCCGGCGGCCUCAUUUUCAGACAAAGAUGGAACAACAUGCAGUUUGUGACGAGCGCUUCGUUUCUAAUGGCUGUCUACUCCGACUACCUGACCUCUGCCGGCAAAUCCCUCAGAUGCGCCAACGGUAAUGUCUCCCCCAACGAGCUCCUCGCCUUUGCUAAAUCCCAGGUGGACUACAUACUAGGAGACAACCCACGGGCGACAAGUUACAUGGUGGGGUACGGGAGCAACUAUCCUAGGCAGGUCCAUCACAGGGGGGCCUCCAUCGUGUCCUACAAGGUGAACCCCUCAUUCGUGACUUGCAGGGGAGGGUACUCUACCUGGUAUAGCCGCAAGGCGAGUGACCCAAACCUUCUCACGGGUGCCAUUGUUGGUGGGCCCGAUGCUUACGACAAUUUUGCUGACGAGAGGGAUAACUAUGAGCAGACUGAGCCCGCUACCUACAACAAUGCCCCUCUCAUUGGUAUACUCGCCAGGCUUCAUGCCGGUCAUGCUGGCUACAAUCAGCUUCUGCCAGCUUCAUCUUCCAGCCCAGUCGUUGUUACUCAGAGAGUCACAAGCUCGUGGGGGCUGAAUGGGAGAACUUACUACAGAUACAGAACAACAAUCACCAACAAUUCCUCCAAAAACUUGAGGAACUUGAAGCUCUACAUUUCCAACCUGUAUGGUCCUCUGUGGGGCCUCACCAAGUCCGGAAACUCUUACUUGUUCCCAUGGUGGGUCAACUAUUUGCCCGCUGGUAAAAGCAUCGAUUUUGUGUACAUCCACUCGGCCUCACCUGCAAAGGUUUGGGUUACGAGCUACAAUCUCGUUUAA